UCAUGGUGACGGCCCUGUCAAGCCCUGUUACUGUCGUAUGUUCCGUCGACGCCGGGGGCUUUCUUGAAUCGGUUCUAGGGUUUUGGAUUUCUGGAGAAGUCGAAGAAAGGAAACCGAGGGUAUACUCCCCGUUCCCCAUUUCGAUUACUUCAUCGUGAUUCGUUUCCUUCCCGUUUGAUAUCAGCCUUGCGAAAUGACGGUGGAACGGCUGCUUAAAGAUGAAGCUACCGAGCAGAAAGGAGAUCGAGCGAGAAUGGCCUCAUUUGUCGGUGCCAUGGCAAUUGCUGACUUGGUCAAGACAACUUUAGGUCCAAAAGGAAUGGAUAAAAUAUUGCAAUCAACUGGUAGAGGACACAAUGUUACUGUUACUAAUGAUGGUGCAACUAUCUUGAAAUCUCUUCAUAUUGACAAUCCAGCUGCUAAGGUCCUUAUUGAUAUCUCCAAAGUUCAAGAUGAUGAGGUUGGUGACGGGACAACUUCUGUUGUUGUUUUGGCUGGAGAGCUUCUGAGAGAGGCUGAAAAACUAGUCAAUAAAAAAAUUCAUCCAAUGACUAUUAUUGCAGGCUACAGACUGGCUGCUGAGUGUGCAUGUAAUGCUUUACUGCAGAAGGCCAAGGAUAAUAAACAGGAUCCAGAUAAGUUUAAGUCAGAUUUGAUGAAAAUUGCGAUGACAACCCUGAGUUCGAAAAUACUCUCCCAGGACAAGGAACAAUUUGCUAAACUAGCAGUGGAUGCUGUUCUAAGGCUAAAGGGCAGCACAAAUUUGGAGUCUAUCCACAUUAUUAAGAAGGCUGGAGGUUCCCUUAAAGAUUCAUUUCUAGAUGAAGGGUUUAUUCUUGACAAGAAAAUAGGAAUUGGUCAACCAAAACACAUCGAAAAUGCAAAGAUUUUGGUGGCAAACACUGCCAUGGACACUGACAAAGUUAAAAUAUAUGGGGCUCGAGUUCGUGUUGAUUCAAUGGCUAAAGUUGCAGAGAUUGAGGGAGCUGAAAAAGAGAAAAUGAGAGAAAAAGUGCAGAAAAUCAUAGCUCAUGGAGUCAACUGUUUUGUCAAUAGGCAGCUAAUUUACAACUUCCCUGAGGAACUUUUUGCAGAUGCUGGCAUUCUUGCCAUUGAGCAUGCUGACUUUGAAGGGAUUGAGCGUCUAGCCUUGGUAACUGGUGGUGAGAUCGCAUCAACUUUUGAUAACCCAGAGUCUGUAAAGCUUGGACACUGCAAGCUGAUUGAGGAGAUAAUGAUUGGUGAGGACAAGUUGAUUCAUUUUUCUGGGGUUGAAAUGGGUCAGGCAUGUACAAUUGUCCUAAGAGGUGCAAGUUCCCAUGUGCUGGAUGAAGCAGAAAGAUCGUUGCAUGAUGCUCUUUGUGUGCUGUCUCAGACAGUGAAUGACUGUAGGGUCUUGCUUGGGGGUGGAUGGCCUGAGAUGGUGAUGGCAAAAGAGGUAGAUGACCUUGCACGUAAGACUCCAGGGAAAAAAUGUCAUGCCAUUGAAGCUUUCUCACAUGCUCUCCAAGCAAUACCCACAAUCAUUGCUGACAAUGCUGGUGUGGACAGUGCUGAGUUGAUCUCUCAGCUUCGAGCUGAGCAUCACAAUGACACAACUAAUGCAGGAAUUGACAUCAUAUCUGGUGGUGUUGGAGACAUGGAGAAGCUAGGGAUAUCAGAGUCAUUUAAAGUAAAGCAAGGUGUGCUCUUGUCAGCAACCGAGGCAGCUGAGAUGAUAUUGAGGGUUGACGAGAUCAUAACUUGUGCUCCACGAAAAAGAGAGAACAGAAUGUGAUGUUCAUAGGUCACCUUAACCUUUAGCCGAGGCAUGCAAGCAACAUUUUGUUACUUUACAAUGUUCUAACAUAUUAUUAUUUAUUUUCUGAGGGAUGAGUUCUUAUAAAAACAAUUCACGGAAUUGUUCUGUACAAGGUGUUGGCCCCCCAAUUUGCACGCUUGUUACGCUGAUGGUCCAUAACGAGUCACAUAUUGAAUUUUGAUUAUAGGGUUAGUGAUUGCAACAUAAAUGCAGGCUUCUGUAAUCCCUUCUAUUGUUGUAGCUUGACCAGAUCAUCUGGGAAAGAUUUUUCUGUAAGGCUGUGGUUGGUCCAUCUCUCA